AUGGCUAACAUUGGUCGGAAGCAAUUGCCAAUUCACCCUUUCACGAUCCUGGAUGAGGCGUGGAUAAAUCUUAGCAUAAUAGUCGGCCUCUGUUCCAUUCCUAGAUUCGUGCAGCUCUCCCGGUACUGGAUAGUCUGCUCACGUCACGCAAUGCAGAACCAACCACAGAGUCUUCUUCAACCACCGCCCCGUAUUAUUCAGCUUAAAAAGUCCCAUCCAUCACAAUCCAGCAUUGAAGCCACUCUUGAUAGCAGUGCUACGCACUCCCCCACCCAGUCGGAUGUCCACUCAGUCGAACCGUCUGGCCUUCCCUCUACCCCGGUGGAACUCAAUCAAUCGUUAUCGCCGUCUACGAUGGAGCCCUCUAUCCCACUUGGUGGAAGUGCCGUGGAUACCGGUUGCGCUGAAGGAAAGUCGGCUCCUGGAUCGUCCCUGACGUUGUAUAAGCAACUGGGACUCAGUCAGAUCCUCCUCUCUAAUGAACAACGUCUCCCGCUGGCCAACUGGUUCCGGCCAACUAAUAUCUCCUGGUGCCUGAUUUGCUCAAGGGCCGGGGAGAUUGUCUGCUGUGAAGGCUGUCCGUCCUCAUUCCACCUGGAAUGUCUGCAUGUUGAUGAUGUGGAAGACCAGUUCUUCUGCGAGGACUGCACUAACGGUCGGGUUCCGCGCUACAGUGAGAUCGUGUGGGUGCGCGUACCACCCUUGGAUCUCAAGGGAGUGCGCUGGUGGCCAGGCGAGAUUUUGCAUCAGCGUUCCCUCCGUCUUGGUGGUCCUGCUACCACCGACUUCGAGCAGAUUGAUCAAGCCGCACGCCUCGGUUUCUUCGCCGUCCGACUGUUCGGUCUCUACUCGGCAACUCCCUUCAAUGGCAUCAAGCCGCGCGAUGCAGCUACUGCCGUAGCUGCAGCGAGGACACGAGGUGGACGAAAUGACCGCCGCAUCUUCCCCGUAUGCUUGUGGACUACACAGGCUCGUGUCUUUUACUUCGAGGAGGGGGAUGCCGAAAUGGAGCAGGAUGGUGAAGACGGGGACGGUGAUGGAGCCGGUGCAACCUCGAAAGUUGAUAACAACGAGAAUGAAAAUUACAACGACGACUUAGAAUCAUCGGAUGAGGAAAGCAUGGCUGAGGAGGACCCGAUCAUGACCACUUUCCUCUCGCCCAAACUUAACUCGUCGCGCUCUUCGAAAGCGCUGUCUAGUCCAGCCCUCGGUGAUCGAAUCUCCUCGCCGUGCUCGGGCCGCCGCGCGGAGCGCAGGAGCAUCGAGAAUGACCGUCAGUGUCGUCGCAAGCGGCUUGCUGUCCAAUGGAGAGAAGCUUACCUAAGGGCUACGAAGAUGGCGGGCGAGGGUUUGGCUGCACGGAAGGCCACACGAGCGGAAAACUUGAAGAACUCCGAGGAUCGCCCAGAUUACUACGAGUAUAUUAAGGCAGAGAGUGCGAAAGUAAGACAGGACCUAGCACGUGUGGAUGACUGGAAAAACCAAGACGGCAACGGUGUUGGUGGCAGGAUUAAAAAGGCACCGGAAGCGUCGUCGCACCGUCUCCUGACCGCAACCGGUAUGUUGUUCGGCGGUGAUCUAGGUUAUUUCCAAUUCGUUGUCCCCGAGGACAUUGCAAAGCAUACGAGUGUUGAGGCAGUUUUAGCCUGUAUACAGGAGACUAGUGGUUCAGUGGAUAAUUUUGGUGGGGUUAAAAUCUUGAACUCUGCCUUAUGUAUGAAACCAUCACUCCUGCGGGUGAAUGCUAGCUUGUCCAGUCUAAACAUUAACAGGGAAUCUCGUGUAAGAAAGAAGGUGGUUCAUCGCCGACGGUUUCCGUCCUGCUCUACUGGAGCAAUCGGUGAGGCCCUUGGUGAUAUUGUAGCGCGACGUCGUAGCCAACACCCGACGCGUCUCCGCAAACGUGACCAACUCACUGAGGGAGUUGAGGUCCAUGCUGUGGAGUUUAUCGGCCAUAAUACCAAUCGGGCGAUCGGUCCAGUGCGGAUCCGUCGAUGUACUGAUCUGUCAGAAGUACCACAAUGCGAGUGUAGUCCCUCCGAUCCCUGUGGUCCGAACAGCGGUUGCGUCAAUCGCUCACUGCUCUACGAAUGCCUCGCCAGCGUCUGCGUGCACGGCAAGGCCUGUCGUAACCAAUUCUUCACACGCCGCCAGUACCCCAAACAGAACGCUUUCUACACUGGGAAGGAGCGCGGUUGGGGCCUCAAGACCUUUGUGGCCAUUCAGAAAGGCGACUUCGUGAAUGAGUACGUAGGUGACCUCAUUGAUGAGGCAGAAGCCAACCGGCGACUGACGUUUCUGCACAAAAAUAACAUACAUAACUUUUACAUGAUGAAAAUGGACUCACAACGCAUCAUCGAUGCCGGACCGAAGGGCAACUUGAGCCGCUUUAUGAACCACUCCUGCUGUCCCAACCUCUUCACACAGAAGUGGACUGUCAAUGGGGACACGCGGAUCGGCCUCUUUGCUCUGCGCAACAUCGCUCCAGGCGAGGAGUUGACUUUCAACUACAAUUUCUGCUCCCUCGGUCAAGAAAUGAAGGUGUGUUUCUGCGGCGCGGAGACCUGCGUGGGCUACCUGGGUGCUCGUCCCGAUCAUAGCUCCGCUGCUAUUGCUGCCUCUGCAACCUCCGCCUCUGCUUCUAGCACCACCACCACUGCUGAAUCGGCUCGUUCAGUUCAGGAACGCAGUCGUCGCAGCACCACAUCUCAGAAGCAGAAAAAGACGUCUGUUUCCAAGAAAAAGGUUUCUCCUUCCCCCUCCACACCCUCCACCGCUACCAUUACUGCCGCCUCCGUCGCCGCUACUAGGCACAGUAGAAGCGAAAUUAAGUCUUUAUCUCCCUCCACCACCGUCAAAAUGCCCAAAGUAAACGCGACCACACCUAACGCCAAACUCAGGUGCUACCGGUGCAACAAGCUUGUCUCAAACCCGCGAGAGAUUCAGUCUUCUCCAUAUUUUGCAUCAAAAACCUUGGGAAAUGCAAUUGGCCUAAACGGACCCAAGCGUGGACGUCGCGCUGCCGAGAGAUACACAAAGGCCGCAUCCUCAUCUGUCACCGCCAAUGCCGGCAUUAUUUGCCCAGGUGUCGACUGUCGUAAGGCUUAUCACAUGUCCUGCCUCUCCAUUAAAGAUAUACCCACUGGUCGAUGGAUGUGUCCAUGGCACCACUGCGAUGCCUGCGGACGUCCUUCGACGGUGUUCUGCCAGCGUUGCACUACCUCUUUCUGUUCAAGUCACGUGGAGGGCAGUGUAGCUGUCUUGCCUCCCUUGAUUCCAGGUGGAUACGCUCAGGUCGUUUGUCUGUCCCACACGGAGGUAAUUGAAAGCUACAAUAAUCAAAAUGACUCCUUGGUCAGUGAUAGCGAUAGCGACGAAGAUGACGACGAGGAAGAAGAAGAAGACGAAGGUGAAGAUGAAAAUGACCGAAACGGCAUCUGUUCUCACAAUCUAAUCCCCCCCAUUGCGGAAACUGAGGGCGAGGAGGUGGGCGGAAAUGGGAGAAAGAAGAGGGUGGAGGCGGUGAUAGAAGAAGGAAGCAGUAACGCCAAUACCAGGAGGGGCGGAAAACGUGCCCAUGAAUCCCCUCUCCUUGCACCUGUCCAAUCUUGUAAACGUCAGCGGGUUGAGUCCCUGACUAACGGUGACAACGAAUUGAAGUCCUAG